CCAGAUUAUUUGUCCCGACCGCCCACGAGAAAAUGAGUUACGAACGUGUACACAUAGUUCUUUCCUUCAGAGAGACACCAUGGCUCGCAAAUGAGCGAAGCAUCGCAGUUGCUCAGUGUUUGGAUGUACAAAUGAACACAAAAGUCUAUGAUUCUUCCCUUCAUCCGAGCCGCUGAAGAACCAGUGGGUUAAUUUUUUGUCUCUGGAAAUGCGCCAGUCUGCGCCUAACAUUUCACUGACGACUGCUUCCUCUACUUGGGCCGAUACUGAGCUGGACUUGCUCAACGUCUGAAAAUGAAGAAUGUAUUAGUACCAACUCUCCACCGCUCAGCUACAAACCUCGAAAAAGCCAGCUCAUCAAGUGCUUACAUUCAGCAGCUAAUCUCAAGGGAUGUUGCCUGCCAGACAGACCACCUGGAAACACAUACUUUUUUGCAGCCCCAUUUUAAAAGUGAAGAAGACUGCGAUGCGUUUGGAGACCGUAGCAUUCAGCGUGGCGCCACCUCAGAGAUUCUGGUGGUGGUCGCCCCUGGCUCCUCCCACUGGUCCAGUCGCUGCGAGGAAUUGGUGCAGACUCCAGACACAAUUUCAAUCAAGCUUGAAGAGGAUAUUGGUGGAGGCAUGCCCGCCGUAGAAGACUGCGAUGCCUUUGUAGACCGUGGCACUCAGUGUGGCGCCACCUCAGAGAUUCUGGGUGUGGUCGCCCCUGGCUCCUCCCACUGGUCCAGUCGCUGCGAGGAAUUGGUGCAGCAGACCCCAGACACCAUUUCAAUCAAGCUUGAAGAGGAUAUUGGUGGAGGCCUGCCCGCCGUAGAAGACUGCGAUGCCUUUGUCGACCGUGGCACUCAGUGUGGCGCCACCUCAGAGAUUCUGGGUGUGAUCGCCCCUGGCUCCUCCCACUGGUCCAGUCGCUGCGAGGAAUUGGUGCAGACCCCAGACACCAUUUCAAUCAAGCUUGAAGAGGAUAUUGGUGGAGGCCUGCCCGCCGUAGAAGACUGCGAUGCCUUUGUAGACCGUGGCACUCAGUGUGGCGCCACCUCAGAGAUUCUGGGUGUGAUCGCCCCCGGCUCCUCCCACUGGUCCAGUCGCUGCGAGGAAUUGGUGCAGCAGACCCCAGGCACCAUUUCAAUCAAGCUUGAAGAGGAUAUUGGUGGAGGCAUGACCACCGUAGGUUAGUAAUACACAUUGCAUCUAUGCAAGAAAACAACAUAAACUGCGAAUGUACUCGAUUCUGCCUUCUCAGCAGGAGCCUUUAACCCUUGACCAUCCAAAGGGCGACAAGGAAAAUGCAUAAUCAACAAAUAGAAGUUAGAAU